UGAGGCUGCAAGACAUCAGGCCGAGAAGCUGGACGUCAGGCUGCAGAAGCGUCAGCGUGAACUGGCCAAGUUCACCGAUGUGGUGCUGAUGCGGAAACCCAGUGCGCCCGACCCCGCUGCGACCCCAACACUGAAUUCAGGUUCGCCGCCGCACACGCACGCCUCAGACGAGGCGGCGAACGGCGGCGACGCGGAACAAAAACGCCCACGCCAACAAGAACUGCGAUCGCUGGAAAAAGACCCUCGAAAAACUGAUGCGCUCUCAAGGCUCUACGAGGNACGACGCACAACUUUGGUGUACAGUAAUCUCGGUAUACGGUACCUUUGGUAUACGGUACCGUUGGCAUACGGUAGCUAUGGUAUACGAUGGCGUACAAUGUAUAUGGAAAUCUACGCAGAAUUGGAGAAAGUCCGCAAUAUGCUUAUUCUGCAGCACAAUAUCAAUCAACAGCACUUGAAUGAGGUACCCACCUACAAAACUUCGUAUUCCACUCGUCCGAUACCGUAUCUCUCAAUUCCAAUACCGUAUCCCGCCACCACUCCAAUACCGUAUCCCUCCACCACUCCAAUACCGUAUCCCUCCACCACUCCAAUACCGUAUCCCUCCACAACUCCAAUACCGUAUCCCUCCACCACUCCAAUACCUUAUCCCUCCACCACUUCAAUACCGUAUCCCUCCACCACUCCAAUACCGUAUCUCUCCACCACUCCAAUACCGUAUCUCUCAAUUCCGAUACCGUAUCCUUUCACCACUCAAAUACCGUAUCCCUCCACCACUCCAACACCGUAUCUUUGGCCUUGCGAUACCGUAAUACUUUCAGAUCAAACUGCUGAACGAGAAUUG